UCUGGGUAGCAAGUGCGUUUGCACGAGCUAGGCCGGCUGAGGGAACGAACAAUCGCUUUCGCAAGCAGGCACCAUGCGGGAAAUCGUGCACAUCCAGGCUGGCCAGUGUGGCAACCAGAUAGGAGCCAAGUUUUGGGAGGUCAUCAGUGAUGAACAUGGGAUCGACCCCACUGGCAGUUACCAUGGAGACAGUGACUUGCAGCUAGAGAGAAUCAAUGUGUACUACAAUGAAGCUGCUGGUCUAACACUGGCUUUUGUUUCUUUUAUAGGUAACAAAUACGUACCUCGGGCAAUCCUGGUGGAUCUGGAGCCUGGCACAAUGGACUCGGUCAGAUCUGGACCAUUUGGCCAAAUCUUUAGGCCAGAUAACUUUGUUUUUGGCCAGAGUGGUGCAGGAAAUAACUGGGCCAAAGGCCACUACACAGAGGGAGCAGAAUUAGUAGAUUCCGUCCUGGAUGUAGUGAGGAAGGAGUCAGAAAGCUGUGACUGUCUCCAGGGCUUCCAGCUGACCCAUUCCCUGGGAGGUGGCACUGGGUCCGGAAUGGGGACCCUGCUGAUCAGCAAGAUCAGGGAAGAGUACCCAGACAGAAUCAUGAAUACCUUCAGCGUGAUGCCCUCCCCAAAGGUGUCAGACACUGUGGUGGAGCCCUACAACGCCACCCUGUCUGUCCAUCAGUUGGUGGAGAAUACCGAUGAGACCUACUCCAUCGACAAUGAGGCCCUCUAUGACAUUUGCUUCCGUACCCUGAAACUCACCACACCCACUUAUGGAGACCUCAACCACUUGGUCUCUGCCACCAUGAGUGGAGUCACCACCUGUCUGAGGUUCCCGGGCCAGCUGAAUGCUGAUCUCCGCAAACUGGCAGUGAACAUGGUACCUUUCCCCCGCCUCCACUUCUUCAUGCCAGGCUUUGCCCCGCUGACCAGCCGUGGGAGCCAGCAGUACCGAGCUCUGACAGUGCCCGAGCUCACCCAGCAGAUGUUCGAUUCCAAAAACAUGAUGGCGGCCUGCGACCCCCGCCACGGUCGCUACCUGACUGUGGCCGCCAUCUUCCGGGGCCGCAUGUCCAUGAAGGAGGUGGAUGAGCAGAUGCUCAACGUGCAGAACAAGAACAGCAGCUACUUCGUGGAGUGGAUCCCCAACAACGUGAAGACGGCCGUGUGUGACAUCCCACCCCGGGGCCUCAAGAUGUCUGCCACCUUCAUUGGCAAUAGCACUGCGAUUCAGGAGCUGUUCAAGCGCAUCUCGGAGCAGUUCACGGCCAUGUUCCGUCGUAAGGCUUUCUUGCACUGGUACACGGGCGAAGGCAUGGAUGAGAUGGAGUUCACCGAAGCUGAGAGCAACAUGAAUGACCUGGUGUCUGAAUAUCAGCAGUACCAAGAUGCUACUGCUGAUGAACAAGGGGAAUUUGAGGAGGAAGAGGGGGAGGAUGAGGCUUAGGGACAGUUGCAUACAUUAAGCAUCUUUGAUGGACUGUAUACUAAUUUGUGCUAAAGCAUGGUCUUUCUUACUUGUAUACUAUAUUGGUGCUCAGUUUUGCCACUGUCAGAAGUUAACUGUUGAUGUAAUAAUGUGGAACACUUUAAAAUUAUGGUAAUAUCUAUGUUAAAAUAUCUAUACUCAUAAAAGGCAUGUGU